UGCCUACAGAAUCGCUUACUACCACUAUUGAAGCAGCACGAGGGCCCGACCAUCUUCUGGCCGGAUCUCGCUUCGUGCCACUAUUCAAAGGACGUGUUGGAGUGGUACGAAGCCAACGGGGUCACCUUCGUGCCAAACCCGCUCAACGCGCCGGAGCUUCGCCCAAUAGAGAAAUAUUGGGCGAUUAUGAAGCAGGUCCUCCGGAAGAACCCAAAAGUUGUCAAAUCGGAGGCGGACUUCAAGAGAAAAUGGAUUUCUGUUCAAAAAAACUACAACCUGACGUUGUACAGAACCUUAUGGACGGGGUAAAGAGGAAGGUGCGAGCAUACGGGCUUGGGCUCGAAGUAUGAAUAAAAAGAAAAUGCCAAAAGUUGUUUAAUAGUUUUUAUUUUACUGUCUAAAAUUUUCAAAAGGAUUAGUCUACUGGGCGAAUUUCUACAGCGUUUUUUCCGUGAUGCAAUUUGAUGUGACACACCCUUUAUAUCGGUUUGGCAUGGAAUGGUUGUAUAUUAGGGUGCCAAUGAAUGUAUGGGAAAAAACCGACCCUAAAAUGUUAAAAAGUUACCCUAUAUGUAUACCACCUCGAAAAAAACACCCCAUGCGAAAUAUCAGCCCAAGAGUGGCGCAAGGUGGUCAAAGUUUGAGUUUCUUGGAAAUCGAAGAAUCACCCAAGGGGAGAGUAAAGAAAAUCAAAGUUUUCGCGAAAAAAAAGUUGAUGCCAAAUGUAUUAAAAUUGCAUGUGUCAUCUCGAAUGAACUAGUUUGAGAACCCCUGGAUUGGACUGACUAAUUAACCUUUUUUUCUACUCUGCCUUUCUCUUUUACUUGGUUUCGUAUUACAAAAUGAACAAAUAGUGCAAAACUAAACGAUACCAGAUGAUCCCAAACGAUACCAGCUAUAUUAUUCUCCGCUUUGUUUAUGUAGUGUUAGGCAAAAAAGAGAAGCGAAUAAAAAUUUUCAGACCAUCGACUGAAUGCAUCUCAACGGUUUUCCGUCUCAACGACUUAUCUAUUGGAAAACGAUGAAAAAAUAUUCUGAUUCUUCCGUCACUUUCAGUUCCGUUAUUGUUCCGGCAUCGUGGGACGUUGCAUUUCGAUAUGUUGCAGAAGUGAACAAAAAGGGAUCACUAUGAUAUUGAGGAAAGAUUACAUAAAACUUUACCUGCAAUGAAAACCCGCUACAUCGUAUUGGUCGCCAGAUUAGCUUGAAGUAUGUCUUAAUUUUCUUUUUCUCAAUUUUCAAACAAGUAAUAAAACACAAUAUUUGAAAAACUUUACGACGUCGAACAAACUGAGAUUUUUCAAAAAUUAGCGUCUUUUUCUUCUUUAAAUCAGGCGAUGUAACAUACCUGGUAUUCUAUUUAUUUUGGACGGCGACACUGUCAACCAGAUAUUGUUUACAAGUCUUUGAGUUUUGAACAACAAGUUGAAUUUUUACUGCGUUGAAAAUAUCGAGUUUCGUUACAAAUAAGCACCAUUUGCGGGAUGUUUUGGUUUUCUGUUUCCAUUGGAGGAAAAGGUCAGCUGAAGCGCAUCGAAUGCUUGUGUAAGUUUAUGGUUUAAAAACAAGGAAUUGGAGGCAUUACUCGAUCAAGUUUAAAUAAUAUGGAAGAAAUCGGAAGGGGAAUGUUUCGCUACAACGGCAUGAGAUCAUGGGUUUGCAUGAAAUCGGGGUUCACAAAAAAAAUGUUGAUGCCAAAUGCCUUCAAAUCGCGCGAGCAAAUAUUGUUUUGUCGAAAAUUGAUUUUGAGAAAAGCGUGUUCUUGGGUGAUGUUUCGGUUUUCAAAAAACUCUAGCUUUGACCGCUUUGCGCCUCUUUCCCUUGAGUCCGAUUGAGCUGAUUUCUUGCAUAGUGUAGUUUUGCGUGGGAAUCAAUAUUUUUACGAAAGUACCGUUUGAAAAUUCGAUGGUAAUAUUUUUCCAUAAACUUAUUGACACUCUAAUGUGUUCAUCCUUUGACCUUUGACACAUAUUGAAUGUAACAUGAAGUUGUUUCAUGUUAUUAUUUGAUGUACAAAUGUAUGUACUUUUUAUGUAUGUAAAGGGUGUUCGGAUCAAAAAGUGGUCAACUUAAAUUCGCCGUAUUUUUUCUAAUCAUUCAUAUAAAAAACCUGAUCACCCCUCAUUUUGUAGGUGUGUGUGUGUGUAGAAUGAUGCCUCUAUUUGGAUUUUGACAUUAGAUCUUUAGUUAUAAAAAUGGCGUCAAAGCAAGAGGAGCGACGAAUCAAAUUUUGUACAUGCGUCGUGAAAAUCCAAACUUCCCGCACGCAGAAAUAGCAAAAUCGUUGAAUGUGGCCAAAUCAACCGUCACCAAAGAAACAAAAGUGUUCGGGGAACGUUUGUCGACAACUAGAAAGCCUGGAUCUGGGGGAAAUCGAAUGCCGGGAGCCGCAGUGACGAACACAAGAGUGGGUAGCGCUUUCAAGCGCGACCCCAACCUCUCCGUUUGAGAUGUCGCAAAUAAGUUGGGAGUAUCGUCUACAACCGUGCAUGAAGCUAAAAAACGAUCCAGACUAUCGACCUAUAAGAAGGUAGUGACUCCAAAUCGCAACGAUAAGCAAAACCUUACGGCAAAAACAAGAUCUCGGAAGCUGUAUACGACAUUGUUGACAACGUUUGAUUGCGUGGUAAUGGACGACGAAACCUACGUCAGGGCAGACUUCAGACAGCUUCCAGGACAAGAGUAUCAUACAGCAAUCGGAAGGGGAAAGGUGCCAGACAUUUUCAAGCAUAAUAAACUAUCAAAGUUUGCCAAGAAAUAUCUCGUUUGGCAAGCUAUCUGUACCUGUGGCUUGAAAAGCGACAUUUUCGUUGCAACCGGGACCGUCAACCAGGAAAUUUACGUGCAAGAGUGUCUUCAAAAGCGUUUGCUGCCUUUCCUGAAGAAACAUGACUUGUCUGUGCUGUUUUGGCCGGAUUUGGCAUCCUGCAUCGAAAAAUAUUGGGCGAUAGUUAAGCAGAACCUUAAGAAGACCCAAAAAACUGUUAGCAGCGAGAAGCAGUUCAAAGCAAGUUGGCGUUCUGCGGCGAAGAAAGUGGAUAAGGUGACUGUACAAAAUCUGAUGGCAGGCGUCAAACGAAAGGCUCGCCAAUUUGGACUAGGUCGAUCGGAAUCUUAACUGAGUACAUAUUGAUACAUAUUGAACUUCAAAAAGAAAGAUACUUUGAUUUUUUUUAAUAAACAAAUAAUCGAUUUACACCCAAUUUAGCUUGACCACUUUUUGAUCCCAACACCCUUUAUUUUUGAUUCAAAUGAAAACAAUGCAUUUUGAAUGAUAAAUCAUGUUACAUAUGAGGGGCUUAGAAUGAGAGGGGUGUAAGUGAUUUCAUCGAUUUCUCUACAUCGACUCCCUCUUUUGGUCAUAACUUAGUUGCAAAUACAUUCCCAGCUGUAUUUGACAAUGCGAAAGACAGGUCAGAGCCUCAUCUAUCGGAUUCUAUAGCAAACUCAAAUUGGAAAGUUUUUGCAGUUGAGUUAUUAACUGAAGAAAAAGUUGAUGUAGAGAAAUCGAUCAAGUCACCUACACCCCUUGCAUUCUAAGACCCUCAUAUUCAACAAAUAUGGAACCGAUCCAAUUAAAUUUGUCUGAGUUUGUAUUUAAUAAUUGAUUCCUUAUACUGCUUUUGGGUGGUAUGGGUGUAUAGGCAUUUGCCAGUUCACAAACCAUGCCCAAGCAUAUUGUGUUUUGUUUACAAACAAAACACAGUAGACUUUCAAGAAGGUCGCAGAGGGGUUUGGGCGUAUUGGAUCACCUGGUAGUAUACUUCUGUUCGCCUAGGUUCUACAGUUAUGGGGUAGCUUUAUUUUGUUUUUUUUUCAUGUUUCACAAUAAAGGUUAUGAAGCUAGUCUCAUAAUCGAAGACAGUUACUAUAACCCAUUCUCUAUACAUCUUUUCAACAUUUGGAUUGGAUUGGAUUUCACAUUAUCGGACCACUUUCGUACACGAUCUUACAGAUGCAUAGUUUAAUUAUUUCUGUUGUAAUAAAUCAUAGUUUUCAUGCUAUCUUUUUCGUGUUUGCACCUCAUUCUAAAUCCUUUAUUGCGUUAUCCACUAUUUUUGUUAUUCGUGAUGACCUUGACAGACAAUUUUGCGGAUAAUUCGGGUUCCACUGUUAUUCUAAAGUUAUAAAAUAGAGUGUAUAUAAAUAUAUGACACAGUUAAAUAUUGUACUGCUAAGAACAACUGGUUUGAUGGAAAUACUUUCGGAAUACCAAAGUAUCAAAACUAGCCCCGCGGGACGGUAUAUGAAGAAGCAGCAAUUAGAACAAUCAAUCAAAUACAAGGCUGUUAACCUGAGAAUACACAUGCCUCUGAUUGUGGUAAAUUCCCAAUCCGACAUUCCAUACCGACAAACAAAAAAGUGACUAAAAAACUAGUUUGUUGGCAUAUCAGCUCUCAAACAAACAAAACUGAUGUUGGCGGAGCAUCGCGAGCACCGUGAAUGCUCCAUUUUUUUAUUUUAGGACUAGUCACUAUUAUGCAUAGUUUCGAAAACAGAAUUUUAAAAAUUUGCAUCGCACAACUCUAUUUUCCCACGCUCUCGACAAACAGGCAAUAAUUGUUGAAUUAAUCCAUCAAUAGCGUGCGUGUAUCACAGAGCGAUUUGCAGAUUGAAUGAUGUAUAACAUGUACUUUUGAUAGCGAUCGUUAUGCCGUCGGAGGCGGUAAGGGAGGAGUGAGAGAGAGCAUAGAUACACACCACCGCGUAGCCGCAAGCAUGGGAAAACUAGAAGCUGUCGAUAGGCGCCCAUCAAACGAUCAUCAAUUUGCCUAAUUAGCUGUCGAACAAAGUAAUAAUAUACGCAUCCUCACUCUCUCGCUCGAGCUGAGAUCGAAACAAAACAAAACAAAAACUCUGCAUUCGAUGCUCAAGGUCGAUCGGGCUCAGCGGAGAGUGGGCUCCGCGAAUGAUGUCACGGAAGGGUUCACCAAUCGUUUAACACGUUCAUGAGCCCAUAUGGUUCGGUAGAAAUCCCACUAUUUUUGUUUGUUUUGCUGAACACGUGAACGUCGAGUCUCUCUCACCCAUUUGAAAUCUCAACAAGACACGCUGACUGGAAGCUAUUUGCAAAAUAAACAAGCGGCGUUUCGAUUCAUGCAUGGCAAAGUUUAACGCCUCUCCAUUCUCCGGCUUUUGAUCAAUACGAAAGGGUGCUAUCAUCGGAACUCGGUUUACUGCGAGAGAAAGAGAGAGCGAUCCUCUCGACGAAUGCAAAUCUUUUCGCGCAAAGGAUGCCCGGAUGAAUAAGAUCCUCUCGAUGCGGCGCGCGAUCAGUCUGCCGUGUGUAGUGACGCGUAUCGGAUGUUUUUCUGCAAUAUCUCAACGCUCGGACGGUAUUGAUCACGAUUUCGUGAGCUCGGUUUUUGUGACUCCAUCCCAGCCAGCCAACCAGCCAUCGUGUCCUGGGUUUGGCCCAAUUGGCUUUUCGCGCUAAAAUAGCAAGAAUGAUCAAUCAAUCGAUCUUCGUCGGCAUUGUCGCUGUUGUGGUACUCGUUGUUGUUGUUCUGCCCAAUCGAUGUACCGAGGGGCGGGUGUACAAGAGGUGCGAGCUGGCACGUGAGUUGGCGCUGAAGCAGGUGUCGGAAGAUCAAAUCGGCGACUGGUUGUGCAUCGCUCAACAUGGCUCCAAAAUGAACACAUCGGCUGUUAAUCUCAAGUACAAACGAUUCGGCGGUUCUGCGUAUUAUGGAAUCUUUCAAAUCAGCGAUCUGUACGGGUGCUUGAGGAGCAGCUCCAUUUGCGGGUUAACGUGCGCUGAUUUGAAGGACGAUGACAUCGAGGAUGAUAUCGAUUGCACGCGGACGAUUUACGAGGAAUACCACAGGGAAAUAGGCGAUGGUUUCGCGGCCUGGCCGGUGUAUAAGACCCACUGUCGGGAUCCUGCUUCGAAGAUCGCUUUCGGCGAUUGCUUGAACGAGGAGGUUAUUCGCUUUCAGGCGUACUACAAGAAGAAGCAGAAAAAAGCAAAACAAACAGAUUUGGUGGUGAAGGCUCCUGCGGGAAAGGUGUAUGACCGUUGUGAGUUGGCUGUGGAGCUACGAGAUAAGCAUAAAAUUCCAGCGGAUCAAAUCGCGACUUGGGUUUGCAUAGCGUACCACGAGAGUCGUUUCGAUACUUCGGCGCUGGGUAGAUUGAACGCGGAUGGCAGUGGUGAUCAUGGUUUGUUUCAAAUCAGUGACAUUUAUUGGUGCUCGAUCACGAGCAAACCGGGGAAGGCUUGCGGUGUGACGUGUGAAGAUAUGCGGAAUAAUGAUAUCAGUGACGAUGUUCGUUGCAUACAAACGAUCUAUGAUGAACAUCAAAGAAUCUCGGGUAAUGGUUUCAAUGCGUGGGCAGUUUACAAGCCUUACUGUCAGGAUAGAGAGGAGAGUUUCGCUCAUAGCUGUUUCGAUGAUCGGCUACCAAGCACGACGGUUCGUCCAAGACCUGGAAUAACGGCUCCAACCUAUCCGGUUGGAAAAUUUGCCAUCACUUCGGUUGGUAAAAUCUAUGAUCGUUGUGAGCUUGCAAAUGAUUUGCUGCAUAAGUACCAUAUGCCAAAAGAACAAAUUGCAACUUGGGUGUGUAUUGCCUUCCAUGAAAGCAGUUUCAAUACCUCAGCCGAAGGUCGUCUCAAUGCGGACGGCAGUGGUGAUCAUGGACUGUUUCAAAUCAGUGACAUAUAUUGGUGUUCUCCUCCAGGUAAUGGAUGGGCUUGUAGUGUUAGCUGUGAAAAGUUGAAAGACAAUGAUAUAGCCGACGAUGUCAAGUGCGUGAAAAUCAUCUACGAAGAACACCAAAGACUCUCUGGGGACGGUUUUAACGCUUGGUCCGUAUAUAAACCACACUGUCAGGGAAAGUCUGAAAGCUAUACACGAGGAUGCUUCGGAUCGGAUGAUGAAAAACCGGUCACCUUCACACUACCAAAACCCGCCAUUACGGCGCCAACCACAGUUCCUCCCAGAAAAACUUUUGUGAGCAGAGGCAAAGUCUAUACCCGUUGCGCUUUGGCCAGAGAAUUAUACUUCACACACCACUAUUCUGCUGAGGAGACCGAAGCAUGGACCUGUAUUGCACAGUACCAAUCGAACUUCAACACUUCUGCCGUAGGUAUCGGUCCUGGUAGUGUCAAGUAUCAUGGAAUGUUCCAACUGAGUGACGAGUACUGGUGUUCGCCACCGGGACGCGGCACAGUUUGUGGACUACCAUGUUCCGAUCUGGAGGACGACGAUCUAACUGACGACCUUGCGUGUAUGCGACACAUUUAUGAAGAGCACCAACGCAUUUCGGGAGAUGGCUUCAACGCAUGGGCUGUCUACCAACCAUACUGCAAAGGCAAAGCGCAGAAUAUGAUUAAAGACUGCUUCAAGGAGGCGGAGAAUGCUCUAGUACCAACAACGCCGAGUCGAAGGCCUACCAAGAAGAAGAACAACAUCGGAGUCGGUAAAGUCUACGAGCGUUGUGAGUUAGCCCGAGAACUGUAUAACACACAUCAUCUACCACUUGAGCAGAUCGCAACCUGGGUUUGUAUAGCCCACCGAGAAUCGAACUAUAAUGUGUCUGCUAUCGGAAGGUUGAAUGCCGAUGGAAGUGGCGAUCAUGGUCUAUUCCAAAUCAGUGACAUCUAUUGGUGUUCGCCGCCUGGAAAAGGUUGGGUUUGUGGAGUCUCCUGCUCGGAUCUCGAAGACAAUGAUUUAACGGAUGAUGUUGAGUGUAUGCGUACCAUAUUUGAAGAGCACACUAGGCUAUCAGGCGACGGGUUCAAUGCAUGGGCCGUAUAUCAACCAUAUUGUAAGGGACGAUCCGAGCACUAUAUAAAAGGAUGCUUCGAAGAAAGGACGACCACUUUAAAACCCAAAACAACUACGACAAAGCCCACAACAACGAGACGACCAACAUUCUCUUGGUUCACAACAAGUACCUCCACAACCACUAGCAAGAAGCGUAUAACAACCACAACGACGAAACGACCGGCAUUUUCCUGGUUUACGCCGAGUACACCCUCAACCACCAUCAAGCCUUCCACAACCACAAGAAAAUAUUCAUGGAGUUCCACGACUAUGAAGCCAACGCUACCACCAUUCACUUCUCGAACAACCCCGGUAAUCUCGCGAUCGACAACACCUCGGUCCCCCAGCUCAACGAAAUCAACCACCAGCCUUUACGAUUUCUACCUCAAUCAUUUCGGUCGACCCAACACAACACCCGCAUCGUAUGCAUCGUUCACAUUCAGACCCAGAAGUACACCGAAAACUGCCAGCCCUACGAUUGCAACUGCCACCACCACUCGCCAUACACGAUCAACGUCCGUCAGUUCGACAGCCGGAAGCACCGCGAAGUAUUCAAAUUUUGACACCUUAUUUGAUAAUUUUAAGCAUGGUUAAAUACACCCCCCCCCCCCUCCCCUUUGUUAUACCGAAACAAUAAACACAUAUUUUUUUCUAAUAAACAACGUCCUUUUGAAGAGAUGUGAGAAAUGCCCAUAAAACAUCAACUCGUUGACGUGUGUGACAGCCUUACACUUGCUUCCUCCGAGUCAUAACUCAAACCCGGCCAAUCGGUUCAAUGUCGUCUCCGAACGGGUCGUAAAUCAACGCGAAGAUAAAAAGUACAUCUUAUUGAAACCGGUAUUGAUCUUGUCUU